AUGGCACCUCUUGUACGAUGCUACUGCAAAGUUUCGAAUUGCAACGGUGUUCUUGUCGCACCUUAUGUUUUUCGCUCACAUGAACACUCUGAUUUACGCCAAAGAACUCUUGCUGAUCAGGCUCACUUUACUCGACGCGUCGGGCAACACAUCCCACAGGCUCAUGCAGACGUUCGACCAGUUCCUCAAGGAUUUUUGGUUCUGUUACAUGAACCUCCUCCUCCCUUGUCUCCAGAGUUUAAUGAUCCUUUGGAUGAUGCCAUCUUGGACUCGGCACUUACAGAUGAAGAUUUAGGUAUUACAACACCAGGCAGCCCCUUACCCAACCUUGGUCCCAAUGUCUGCAGCCCGGAUGCUCUCCUUGCUGCCAUAGACCAUUUUGAUGCAUACAGCGCUACUGUCAAGGAAAUGCAGAGAGAACAAGCUACUCUUGAUGAUGAAGAGAGGAUACAGGAUUUCGAUGGAAAUGGAUGCUUUGAUGGACCCGAUGAAGAAGAAGACCAUGCGCCUAUACAGACAGAACCAGGGGAGGACAACCCUGAUCCCUUCCUUCCUGACAACGACUACUUCUCAGAAGACCACAUGGAUCUUUCGCACCUUCCUCACCAUCUGCUAGUAAUAUAUGCACUUGUCUCAUGGCUUCACCUCCAGUUUCAUCUUCCACGGGUUGCAUGCAAUGCACUCCUUGUGAUAUUGACUUGUAUCAUCAGUGAACCCAUGAGGAAAGUAGAUAGCAAUAUAUAA